CUUAAUAGAAAUCAUGUGAUUUAUUUAUGUAUAUUUUUAAAAUUUAGGGUCAACAGAAACAUUUUUUUAUCACAUAAUUUCACCAAUACGUAGUUUUAACAAAUUCAAUGGUACAAGAAAAACAAACGACUCUUCAAGUUCAGAAGAGAGGAUCAUCAGCCAAGCUCAACGAACAGAAAUUCCACGAGAUGGAAUGUCAAACAUCAAAAACAAGUUUGAAAACAUCGACAUCGGACAAAUACAGCCAUUUUAUCAAAAAGAAGGGUUCUAAUGUGAAAAGAGAAAUCGACACCAAUAAACUUGAUAUAGCUGUUCACGAAUUUACUACCCAUGUUAAUAAAUCGAAAAAAUCAAAACAGUACAAGGACGAGUGUGAAGCAUUUGGAGAUGGCAUCGUUUCCCAGCUGAGAACAGUCAAAGACCAAUAUUCAAUUGCAUUGGCCAAGUUUAAUAUUCAAAAGAUAUUACGCGAAGCUGAAAGCGGAUUAUACAAUCCUGAUAUGACUAAAAAAGAAGUAGAACCACAGAAACGACCUCAUCAAUCCAUCAAAACGUACGACGAACUUUCAAAUGUAAUCGCCGAAGGUCUAAGGAAAAUUACCGACAAGAGGUCAUUUGCCUAUGCAAAGAUAUAUUUACAACGUGUUAUUUUAAAGGCUGAGACUGGAUUUUAUGCGAAUGCGCCUUUCAAGCGUCGAUUGAAGAAAAAUGAUUCAACUAAGAAAUAACCUGAAUCUUUUGUCAACCAAUUAAAUAUAAUGUACUGUCUAAUA